AUGAUUAUUGAUACUAAUGGUUUUUCAUACAUUAAUGGUGAAUUAAUAACAUUUUAUGAAAUUAAUGAUAAUUGUACUGACAAUGAAUAUAUAUAUGUUACUUUUUUAUUUAAUAUGUUGACAUAUGGACAAUAUAAUGGAUGUUUAAAUAUGGGUAAAAAAAUUAUUAAUAAUGCUAUUAUUUCAAGAUUUGAUAUUACAAAUGUUUUUGAAAAUAUUUAUGAUGGAGAUGCAAAAGUAUUUGAUAUUCAAAAAAUAUGUAUGUAUGAAAAAAAUAUUAAAAUAGUAAAAGAAUCAUUGACUGGAAAUAUGACAAUAUAUUUGUUUUGUUCAAAUAAUAAAAUCACAAACAUUAAAAAUCAACCACUCGUCAAAUCUCCAUCUCAAUCAAAAGAAACAAUUAAAUGUUGUAGUAGUAAUGCUAAUUUACUAUGUAAAGAAGGAUCAUGUGGGAUGUAUCAAAGAAUAAUUUUUGAUAGAAAAAAAAAUAUAACAUUUAAAGUUAAAAAAGUAAUGUGUACACAUCAUCUUAUUGGUUUUCUUUACUUAGAAUCACAAAAAUAUGGUAUUCAUUUCCGUACAAUGUACAUUUUUCUUAUUCUAUUAACAAAAUUUUCAAUUAUUCUAUUAAUAAAUUGUAAUUGUUUUACAUUUCAAAAUUAUUAUUUACUUGGAAAUUUAACAAUAAAAAAUAAUUCUGAAAUAGAUUGUAAAGAUGAAAAAGAGGAUUGUGUAUAUAUAUCACUUAAUAUUCCUGAUUUUGCAAUUGGUAAUUUUCAUUCAUGUUCCAGUGAUAUAUCAAAUAUAUUAACAAAAAUAUUUAAUCGACGUUUAGAUAUUCUUGAAUUAUUUUAUAAAGCAAAAGAUAAUAAAACUAAUUUAUUUCAAGCAAAUUAUUUUUGUAAAAAUUUUAACAAUAUUAUAUGGAAAGGUGAUUCAUUAUCUGGUGAGGUAAAACUUUAUACUUAUUGUCAUAGUCAAAAUGUUAUAUUUAAUGAAACAAAUAUUGUAAAAUAUGUACCACCUAAUUCUUCAGCUGUUCCAGUAUUAUGUUAUAGUAAUUAUGACAAUGAAAAAAUAUAUAAUUGUUCAGAAGGUUAUUGUUCAAUGUUUCAAAUAUCAUAUAUAACUGAUCCUGGAGAAUAUCAACAAAAAAUAUCAAAAUUAACCUGUCCAUUUGAAAUGUAUAAUUUUUUAAAAGAUCUUAGUGAUGAUAAUUUAUUGUAUUCUACAAUUAAAAAAAAUUUUUAUAAUAUUGGAAAAUAUUGUUCUUCAAUGGAUCAAUUUUCAAUGCUUGUUAUUAAUGGAACAUUAUCAUACUAUUAUUAUAUUAAAUGUUUUAAUCCUCUAAUAUAUGAUAAUUAUAUAACACCAGAAAUACCUAUUAUAAAUGCUUCAAAAAUUAAUUCUAUAAAUCAUUGCAAAGGAAAUACUAAGAUAGCUAACAAUAAUACUAAUCAAAAUCCAUUAUUAUUAUACAUAAUAUUUUUAAAAAUACUUAAAGAUUAUAUAACAAAUUAA